UUAUAACUUCUUAUAAGUCAGUUAUUCAGUCUUCAAAAUGGAUAGUGGAAGAAUGUUCUGUGGCAUUAUUUUCUCAAUAUUUUUGAUUUAUUCUAUAAAAGAAAUUUUUGUAGAAACUAGUGCUGAAAAAGAAAUUCCUGUUACCAAAGUCGGGUUAUCUUCUAAAAUAGGACCCACGCUGAAAUUUUAUUACUGCUACUCCUGUGGGUACAGGAAAGCAUUUGAUGAGUAUUCUGCUAUCCUACACAAGAAAUAUCCAGAAAUCAGCAUCGAAGGAGGCAAUUAUGAACCUCCUGGGUACAGCAUGUUCGUUGCAAAAUUUGUGGGCCUGGGCAAGUUACUGGUGAUAGUUUGUAUCCUGUCGGGCAUAAACUUGUUCCGAUACUUUGGCCAAGAGGCCCCUCCCUCGUGGUGGGUGUGGUGUGUGGAGAACAAACUCUACGCUUGUCUCAUGAUCUUCUUCCUCUCCAAUGCACUAGAGGGUCACUUGGUGUCCACCGGAGCUUUUGAAAUCUCGCUAAACGACAUGCCAGUGUGGUCAAAACUAGAGACCGGUAGAAUCCCCCAACCCCCAGAGCUAUUCCAGAUCAUUGACAACCACAUGCAGUUUGAUGACACAAUCGAACUUAAACCAGGGUUUGCAAAAUGAAACCAUCUCGGACCACGCUACUAAUGAAUUUGUGAUAUACAUCUAGUGCAAUGGACUCAACCACUCCAUGCUCAUAUGUCCUGCCUUUUGUAAAGUAGAUGUACAGAAUAUGUCGUUACCCUUGUAUAAUCACUACAUAGAAGACAACCGAUAAAUGAUCAUCGUCAUCAUCAUCAUCUUAUUGAUUUUAGUUAUUCAGAACUGUUUUAUUAUUUAUUAUUUUAAGAUCACUUUGUAGAUCGAAUUUACAAAUUUACUUUUUUAGAUGAGAUAUUUUAUUGUAAUUUAAGUGUCAUAUAUGUAUGUGUUAUUAAGUCAUAUAUGUUAUGAAUAAAGGUUAUAUACUUUACUAUGACAAA